CGGUGGACGGCCCGGGAGGUGGAAACUGAGCAAGGGAGCUGAGUGGCUGACAUCAUCAGACCCAGCAUUGGGUUACAACAAAUGGGGACUGACUUGGCCGGAGACGUGGGAAACUCCCACCGAAACCUUGAAGUGCAUUUCACUUAGGAGAAGGGCAGAGAGAGAGAACCGCGAGAAUCCUGUCUGCACGCCCGCCGGCCUGGUCUGCCAGCCCACUGUUCCCUGGAAGGGCAGGCAUUUCUGAACCCCGGCUUCUUAAAUUCUACUUCCACUCUGGGUGAGGACCACCAGUCUUGGGCGAAUCUCUCCGCUAUAAUUUCCACGUCCAACAAUCAACAGGGAGAAAUCUGAAGAGAUGCAAGCAGGAAAAGGAAACUAAACCAGUUAUUGCAACAGGUCAUUUCCCCUUUCUGCAACUUUGAGCGAUUUCCCCCGGAGUGAGAGUGUGGUAACUGAAGUGACCUGCCCAAGGGAGCACCUUUGGGGACUUCAGGGACGCAUCACAAGGCCUGCAGAGCGAUGCGACAGGCAUGAUGGAGGUCGAGUCCUCCUACUCGGAUUUCAUCUCCUGUGACCGCACAGGCCGUCGGAACGCCGUGGCCGACAUUCAGGGGGACUCGGAGGCCGUGAGCGUGAGGAAGCUGGCUGGGGACAUGGGCGAGCUGGCCCUGGAGGGGACGGAAGCACAGGCGGAGGCAGGAACUCCAGACAAGGAAGCUGGCAGCCAGCCCAAGAGCAGCGAUGGGACCACCUCGUCUUGAGCGCGGCCAUGCCCGGGAAGGCUGGAAGAGACCUGCUGUCCCCACCUGGAUCGGGGAGCCCGGGCACUGGCCCGCCAGCCUCCUCUGAGCCCCACGUCCCAGGCUAGCAGGCCAGACUGGAAGCCGCCCCCAGGGGCCUCUGCCCGCCCCACCAGCUCCUCUCCGUGCCUGAGCACUUUCAAGACACUAAACAGUCUUAUUUAUUCAGCAGGCACCGGGUGAGCAACGCCCCCAGAGCCCUCCUGACACAGGUCUGGGCAGGGACCACGGUCCAGCUCGGCCCCUCCUCCCCACCCCAACCUGCUGGGUUAAGAUCUUAUCCCUUUUUUAAAAAAAAAAAAAGAAAAAACACAUUUUAAACUUUUUAAAAACUUGAGAUCUUUUUCAGCAGAGGGGGGGGGAGUGGGACAAUCCGCUCACGUGUUUUGGAAGCCGCUGUAAGCCGAACGCCAACAUCUCUAUGCAGCUCUGGGGGAAGCUUCCUGGAGCCUCACAGACCAGAUCCAUUUCUAGGGAAGGAUUUUGUGUCCGAAACUUAGCUGAUCAACUCUGUCCUUUCUACCAAGCGAAGUGACCUGGGACCCAGGGAAUAAAUGCUAAUUUGUGCCACGGGC